GUUGCUACGUUUUUUGCGUCCAUUUCUUCAAUCACAAACAGCAUGGCGAGCGUCUACCGGUGGCUCCUCGCGCUGGCCUUUGUCGCGGUCGCGCUAGCGCCGGCUACGUCCGCCGACGUCGCCAAGGCGCCUUCGUUCGCUGACGACCACGUCGUCGUCGAGUACUGUGUCUCUUGCGGGUACGCCAACAACUUUAAAGAGGUCCAGACGUACCUCGAGACGCACUACCCACACCUGAUUGGCCGCGUCACGGGUGGGAACGCGUCGCCGCCCGCGUGGAAGUACUACUUGGGCACGAUCGUCGGCUACGCCCAAGCCGUCGGCUUCAUCUUCCUCCUCGCGGGCGAGCACAUUCUCAGCGCGCUCAACCUUCCCGCCGACAUGCCGCUGUUUGUUCAAACGCGCGACAACAAGUUUGCGGUCUUUGCGGGGCUCAUGCUCCUCAGCAGCAUCUCGCAGUCGAUGAGCGCCACCGGCGCGUUUGAAGUCUACUUGAACGGAACCCUCGUGUUCUCCAAGAUUCGCAUGGGCCGCUGGCCAAAUAUGCAGGUACGACACCUUUCAUACGGGAAUGCCACGUGUGAAUUAUGGGGUAGGAACUGGUGCAAGCGCUCGAAGCUCAUGGCUUGCAGCGCCACUGAACCUGCCCUCUCUGGGUAUCAUCCAUCCAGCGUACUGGAUGAGCACGAAUAAGGACAUUCAACUGUCAUAAUGAGAUGAAACCUGGCGACCAUA